AUGGAGGUAACGGCAUCAGCGCCCGAAUGCGCCAAGGGCGAUAACACCGCAGACUUCGGCGAUUUUGUCAGCAACGAGGACGAGGAACUCGAUCUCGAAGAGGUUGUUGAGCCCUGGCAUAAGCACGACAUGAACGAAACUUCACAUGUCUUCUAUCCUAUUUCUGUCAGAGAGGUGCUCAAUGAAAGAUAUCUGGUAGAGCAUAACAUCGGGUCUGGCGGCUUCUCCAUGUCUGGAUGGCCCAUGACCUCCACGACAAGAAGGAUGUAG